GUACAUACCUGUCCACCAGGUGGUGCAGUAACUGCGUCCAAGUAGUGACGGGCGCGACCACAACCGGAUGAUGAGAAGGCUUACUUUGUGUGUCCUGUUUGUUUUGUGACGUCCAGCAGUUCUGAGAGAUCAUCACGAUUACCUUGCUGAGCUCGACAAACAGUAGCACAACGACAAACCUGCAGGCGAGAAACCCAGGUGUGAACAGCAUCCAGGAUAAGUGUACCCGCAGAAUAGGCCCUUUUGACUAGCUGCGCUCACUCAUGUGAAGCCGGGCGACCAGGGUCACAUUCUUGCCGAGGUCGUCUGCCUGAGAACCGUGAUGGCUGACAAGCAGAAACUGUGGCUGUGGAUUUUACCCGCUGUCCUGCUGAUAGCACCCAGGGGGCAGUCUGUUUCCUGGACACAGAUAGCCAACAUGGAAAGCGGAGAUUGUGACCGUAUAGGCCCAUACACCAUCGACGACACCGACAUCUUGCAGGUGUAUGCCAGCCCCCCACAGAUCCCGGGGGGGUCAGCAACGCGUGACAGCUGCGUUAUUGAGGUCCGGACAGCACCCAAUCGCCGUCUUCGUAUCUACGUCAUGGACGUCACCAUCUUUGAUUGCGGAACGCUCGUGUAUAUCUACGACGGCGGCACCCACAUGACUACACCCACUCGGACUCUUAAGUGUGAGACGGCCCCUGUGAAAUUCAACUCCCGCAGCGAGGUAUUGAGGAUACAGCUUGUGAAACAGUCCCCAUCAUCCCUCAACUUCCGCUACACCAUCGUCUUGACAACUGACGAAGGUCCCGACAUCGACUUCGAACGCGACAUGUCGGAAUUCAACAGUUCCCCGUUGUCAGUUGGCGCCAUUGUCGGACUGAGUAUUGCUGGCGGGCUGCUGCUGGUUGCUGUGAUUGCUAUCAGCAUAUACUGUGUUGUGAAGCAACGCAAGAAAAACCUGGAGGCAGAAGCACAGAAGCGUCCCCCAGAGAACAACGUCUACUCCACAGGCUCGUCCAAAGUGAUGUACCAAUCUCGCAAAGACCACAACCACAAGGACAACUACAAGAAGCCGUAUUCCGGCAGCUAUGACAGUCGAGAGUCCAGUAGCAACGACAGUCAUAACAGUAGUCUAUCUUCCGGUGAUGGACACGUAUUUGUGAACAUGAACCCAGAUCCGAAGGUGAAGGUCAGGGGUGGAGGUUAUUCCAAUAAAGCAUUUGUGCCGUCUGAGGAUGGCGGCCAUGACAGAAGUCGUGACAGUACCGGAAGUGAAGACACUAGUGGAGGCUAUGUUAAUGGUUCUUUUGAAAGUAGUGAUACUCCACAAAAAAGAAGAUUUUCAAAGCAUCAGGAAAACGGAAAUGCAUCUGGAACUUUAUCACGUAAUGGAAGGCGUGGGAGUGCCCGAAGCAAGUCGAACAAAAGACGAAAUUCUAAUGAGGACAAGAAAGGCGGACUUACACGAGAAGGAAGUCGUCGAAGGUCAAGGUCGGGCAAUAGAGGUCAUAGAGAUUCUGGUCGCCAAAGAUCAAGGUCAAAUGGAGAACAUGGUGGAAGUCGAAGACGAUCCAGGUCAAGAUCACCUCAUAGUCAGAGUUCAACUCAAAGUACGUCAUUCGAUAAAGACGGACGCAAUAGACAUUACAAUAUCAGCGACAUAUCUCGACGAACCCGAGAGAGCAGUAAUUCUUCAACAAGCAGUCGAGACAGUGGGGAUGAACGUACAGUGUCUUACGAUCCGAACCCUCCUUCACGGGGUCGCCGGAGUCGGCCUAGGGAAAGAGGAGAUGACUAUGGGAGUCAAGUGUGAGCUUUGUGAUAAUGUAUGUGUAUCUACAUCAUAACUGAUCACUGUUGUGUAUUCACACAUGCCUGUCCCAGUGUAAAGAACUGGGUAGAACGCCGCCAUAGUGCGUGAUGAUGUUUCCAUGCUAGGAAUCAAGAGACGUGUGACCCAGAGACUACAUGACUGGUGUUUAUUCAGUAGUGGUCCAUUGCACCCAGCGUACGUUGCGUAAACGUAUAUUUAACUGACUGCGUUCUGGUCGGUCCCAGCCGUUCGAAGGGACCCAACACACAUGUUGCAUUGAUUCCAGAUUCGUUCUCAGACAUGUGGCCUUUCAUGACUGCCUCUGACUUAAAGCAGUUCGAUCUUGGCAAAUGUGUUCUGAAAUGAGCGUGUCAUUCGAGUAUUUCCCAGAGCGAUAUUUAUGUAUGUAUGUUCGACAUUCCCAUGAAGCCUUAUAUAUACAAUUUACACACACACACACACACACACACACACACACACACACACACACAUACACACACACAUAUUCAUGCAUAUAUUCAUUCAUUCCGUUGCAACUGAAUGGGACUAUAUCCAGACUCAACGUAAUGUAGGUAUGCUUAACAAAUGUUAUUUUUUUUAUAUCGCAUUUUCAUCAUAACCAUAUCAUUAUGACAGAACCUCCUUUGAAUCAACACUUAAAUCUCCUGUACUGGAGGUGUGUGCAUGUGAACAUAUAAACGUUUCUUUUGGACACUGGUCGAUUUUUAUAUCACAGUGAGAUCCCCGGACGUGGCAGGCGGAUUCAUCCCACCGUUCCUCUGCAGCAUAACAUGCACGUGUAUGUUGUUAGCGCCCGCGUGCUAAUACAGGCAGAUUAUUGUAUGCCAAGUCCGUAUUUACCGAUUUUUUACAUUCAUAAUCAGCAUUAUUAGCUCACCUGGCCUUCGUCUACCAUUAUUCUUUUUACAUUUUUGAAAUUUUGUGUGAAUAUUUUUUUAUCAAGGCAUCAACAUUGAAAUUUCAAUAUGGCAGCAAGGCAGCUAUCUUUCAUUUAAGAAAAUUACAAUUUCACAGUUACUCCAAAAGAAAGUUUGUUCAAGGCAUCUGCUGCACCGAAUGAACCUGAAACUUCAAAUGUUUUUCCCACGAAUGGUGACACCUGAAUUUGUUCAAGCUUUGAAUCCGAUUUUUAAUCACAGCAACACAAUUGAAAUACAUGUAGCUAGUGAUAGCCAUUUUUCAGCUGUUUUUUGUUCAAAGUGUAACGUAAUGCUCCUAAAUUCUUCUAAAUUCAUUUUUGGCUCUUUAAAGAUAUAACAUCAGCGCUCCAUAGCCUAGUCAACAUUUCUGAAACUUGCAGUUUGAGGAGGCAGAACUUUGGCAUAUGUUUCUUCUUGUGAUGACUUCAUAUUUAGUCCAAAGCAUUGCUGUUUCAUCGUGUUUAUGGUAUGAUACAACUGAAAAAAAUGGUAUGACAUUAGAAAAUUUUCCUUCGAAGGCGUAUAAGACUCAGAGUUGAAGUAAAUGUAACAGUUGUGCAUUGGAACAAUGUUCUAAAAUAGUAUAUUCAUUUGGAAACAGUGUGGCAAUUUAGAUACUUGUUUCAUAUUUAUAAAUACUUUGUCCUCAGUAUUUAUACAGAAAAUAUUUUAAAAACAACGCUGACAGCAGUUUUUGUUAAGUGUUUGUCUUUGUUAACAUUGGAGCUGGUGACUACAUGCACACGGUGCUGCAGUGCUUUGGCACCAUUCUAUUUUUAAUUCGAAUAAUUUAGACCUAAAUGAGGUGAUGUGCAAUGUUAUAUGAUUGUGGUAAUGAAUUCUGAAAAUAUUAUUCCAUGCUUUACAUAUAAUACCACUUUUUUCAUUAAUUGGUAACUUGAGUGUAGUCAGGGUGUGUUGUUUAAGGCGUUCCUACACAUUUGAGGGGCAUCUGUUGUCCAGGUAGGGAGGCUGGAUAAUAUGCACACGGAGUGAUUGUUGUCCGGUUCCGCCACACACGUACAGCUGGACAGCUGUACCAUAGACACACGUGGUGUGGUGAAACACAUCGCCCUCAGAGUCCAGUACAAGUGACAGCAUAUAGCUGGGAGGAUAAAUAACGGGAAUCAAAAUUGAGAAGACUUUAAUUAUACAGUGUUGUGUUAUGAAUAAGUGUCAUUGACAGCUUCCAGUGCUUCACUAAAUAUUCCAUUUGUUAUAUCGUCGCUUCCUAUGUUUAUGGAAAAUAUGAUUUCUGCGUUAUCAACACUCGUUUAGUUAGAGCCAAUGUUAACUAAUUAAAUAUACAUUUUAGCGAAAAUAUUUUAACACUGAGAAGUUAUAUGUUUAUAUCUUGUUUAUUGGUUGUUACAGAUGUUCCAUCUGAAAGGCGGCUAAUGAACCGACCAGUCGUUUCUCGUCUUUAUGUUGAUUGAAAACUCUUAUUAUUUCAUUUUAGUCCUUUUUCCUGAUAGUUUAAUUUGCGAUUGUGUUACUUUAGACGUCUUUUUGUGACCGUAUCUAUUACUUUUAGCUACGAUGUCAUGGGCACUACCAACAUGACUUUAAUUUACAAACUGUGUUGGCUAUGACCUCCUGUCACAGUAGUAGCAUCUUUUGUUUGUUUGUUUUGAGGGUUUCCAAAACUAGGGUUGAUAUGAGUUUCUGCAAGUGCAACAUCAAAGUUUAAGUUGCUCUACCUUAUUUAGAGAUGCAAAGUAAAAAAUGGUAUUUCUUCAGUGGCUCUCUUGUGGUGUAUAUUUUAAAGAGCACAGCCAUUUCCAAAACAUCAACUUUACACGUCACAUACCAUAGCAUACUAUAGACAAAAAGGAGUCAUUCGUGAUAUGGUGUAUUGACGAUCUAUCCUACAGGUAUCCUUACUUCAUAUAUAAUUCUUGUCAAUGAAUCCACAUAAUUCGUAAUAAGCUUGAGUUAUGUUUGAUAAACAGACCUGUUGACCAUACGGUAGAAAAUGCUAACAAAGGACCAACCCUUUCUUGUUGAAGGGUUUAAUGGGUGUUGUGAAAUGAGUGACAUAUUCCAAGGUACAUUGUACUUAAGAACAACGAUAUGGCAUUCAUUUUCCAAUUCCAAUGUUUGUAUAUAUGGUGUUAUACAAUGGCCCCGAAUCAUGAAUAAACUGUACAUACGUAUUAUUUCUAUUUUA